AUGGUCGCGUUGCGAGAAAGAGCUGCGUCUGCUCCCGUAUUUCCACUUGAGAAGCAGCUGGAACUGCCGAGAAAUGCGACGCCCUUGGCACACGUCGGCUCGGUGCAGGUCUUUGUCCAACUGGCAGAGCCUGUCAUCUUUCUGCAGGGCUACGACACCCACCAAUGGCACGAAAGGGCACCGAGUAUCCUGCGUGGGUCGCUGGUCGUACGUAUACUGAAGCCUACGAAGCUGAAGUCGAUUUCUUUGAUGUUCAAGGGCGUCUGUCGGACGGAGUGGCCAGAGGGCAUUCCGCCGAAGAAGCAGGAAGUGGUGGAGGUCACCGACCUUCUGAACCACACAUGGUUAUUCUAUCACGUUGAUAGUCAUGACAAGGUUGCUGCGCAAUCCGAGGACCUAUUGGCGCGGUCUGAUGCGUCGCUCUAUCGGCCUCUGCCUGCCGCGACUCAGAGCAACAAGGGAUCUUCUGUGUCAUUACAGACUUUACUAUCGCAGGAGGGGGGCGAGUUACACGGUCUGACUCCUGCGGACGAGGCAUGUGGUCGCAGGUCUACUAGCACGACGCGCUCUCUGUCGUCAGGGAAGCUUUUGCGCCGUAAGGGCUCACCCGACCCCCCACGCGUGCGUUCAGGUACUAAUCUUUUUACGGAACUACUAAGCGCUACGCUUUCGAAUGGUAGUGAAGGCUCUGUCCGUUCGCGCUCAUCGCACACCGGUCACGCCCCAGCGGAAAAUUUCGUCUUCCAGCCAGGUGACUAUAUCUAUUCCUUUGAGCAUCCAAUCCCGGUGUCGACGCAAGAAACGAUUCUAGCUACAUUUGGAACCGUAAAUUACCUGCUUGACGUGACAAUCGAGCGCAUAGGAGCCUUUAAGUCCAAUGUCCACGCUCGUGUUCCGAUUAAACUUAUCCGCACACUAUCUCCGAACUCUGUAGAAGAUACCGAACCGAUAGUCAUAUCACGUGACUGGGAAAAAGAAUUGAGUUAUGAAAUCGUAAUUGCAUCGAAAGAUAUAGUUUUGGACGCAUUUCUACCAAUAUCGCUCUCGCUAAACCCACGGGCUAAUCUCGUGCUCCACAGGGUUAGAAUAUUCCUGACGGAAACUUUAGAGUAUUAUUGUAAAGGUCGGAAAGUACACCGAGUGGAGCCUACAAAGAAGUUCUUGCUGGUCGAGCACAAAGCACCACCACUUAAGGGUAUACACGAAGGCGCGAGCCUUUCGCGUGCUAAAAACUUAGGAAACCUGCUGGAUGAUGGAGCGGGUGGCGCUUCAAAGAGACAAUUCACUUACCAGGUUUUUGUCCCCGAAAGAUUGAACUACCAACAGUGCAUACAUCCGAAUACUGCAUCUCCCCACAUAAAGUCCAACCAUUGGCUCCAAAUAUGUUUGAGGUUGUCACGCAAGGUCAAUGGCUCCAGAAAGCAUUAUGAAAUCAGUAUUGAUACCCCAAUUCAUGUGCUCCAUCGACUAUGUUCACACGCACAUACGCUGUUGCCAAGUUAUGAAUCCCAGGCAGUGUUAACUUCCGGAUCAACUGCUUCAAGCUCAUUAUUAGCAAAUCAAUACCACUCUUCGAACAUGUACUUCCCUAAAGAGGCUCUACAAGCUGCAAAGAUCACUCCUCCUGCGGGCUCAGUAGAGAAUUUAAGCAGUUACAUUGAUUCCCCGGCACCAGUGCAUAAUAAUAAAAACCAUCAGUAUCUAGCAGCUCACAGGAAUUCAGCAAAGGAAAAUGAUGGUAACGGGGCUGUUAAAUUUCACGGAGUCGCAUGGAACAUCUAUCACCCUGCCUAUCUCCCUUUCAAUUUUAUUUCACCACAAGCGCUACCAAUAUCGCCCAUCUUACCCCUGUUUCAAACCAGGUUUGGCCAUAUGGGGGACAAUCUGAAUGCAUUUGUGCAUGUUGGAGAUAUCGAUCGGACAGAACUGUCGAAUGUCGGACAUCGGGAUAAUGAUCAUAUGCCUGACCACCCCCCUAGUUAUGAGGAGGCGCUAGAGGCAGUUGAAUUGAUUAAUAUGUGUAAGCAUAAUGGCAUGGGAUUAACCGAAUGCUCUCCAACAGAGGAAGCUAGCCAUGAUGUGAACCAUUUUGAUGGCCCGGAUCAUGAGGACAUGGGCGACAGUUCUUCCAUACGCUCUGCUGUACGUCGGAGCGGGCCUCCUAGCUUUACUUCUAAUAUUUCUGCGCUGUCUGCCCUUGCCAUUAAUCAACGAAUAACCCAGGAGCGCUCGGAGAGAGGUGUUUCAGCAUCUGUAUUCAAUCAACCAGAGAAGUUAAAGAAUGAAAUACCUUCUGCACCACGCAACUCACAAGAUGUCCAAAACUGUACUUUUUCCGACGCUGCAUCUAGUACAAAUUCCGAUCAUCAACUUUACCGUACCACUACUAGCAAGGUACUUUUGGAUUUACUGAGUAAGGAUGACACAGCUCAGUCCACUAGCGCCGGGCUUGAAAUGCCGAAGUAUUCAGAUGGUUGCGACACCAUUCCCCCUUCCACAGGCACAGAGGCGGAUGAUACUUCUGUUGAUAUCUCUACGUUAUAUUCACACAAAAGUGCUCAGUAUUGGUCACCGAUCCAGUGCGAACUUUCAAGGCUAAGCAAUGGUACGCACCGGAAUCCAGAUAUAUACGACAAUGGUUGUCUUACGCCUGCUGAAUUUGGGGCAUCGGAUAAUCGCUGUCACGAACGGUCUACUGAUGUGGUGGAUGAACCUAACGGGCUUAGCGGGAUAGAAGAUGCAUCAAGCAGCCACACCCAACUAAUGCAAAGAGAUUGUCUUAAAAGCAUGGGCACUCCUCCACCAGAUGCCUCUGAUCUAUACGAUUCAACACCGACCCAAUUCUCAGUCAAGGUUGACGACUUAACUGUACAAGAUACAGAAGUUAACCCCCAGCAAGCUGAAAGGAAGUAUGAAUGA